AAAGAAAAACAGAAAAAACAGAUGGUUUCGGUGUGCCUCAGAAAAUUUCGCUGUCUUGAUCAAUGAGAUUAUAAAACAAAACCAGCUCCUUGAUUUCUGAAUUUACACUUAAUCUGUGUCAUUUUUCUUUUCAAAGAAACUCUCAAUCUCUCCUUGGAGAGCUCGCUUCUGUGUUCGGAUCGGAUUUCUAAGCUCCGAUGCUGUUUAUUCUCUGUCUUCGCCGCUGACUCUCUCUCUGUCAGUGGAAGAUCUGAUGAGAUUUUGUCAGCAAUCAAACACUCUGAAUUGAAUCCUGGGUUUCAUUUCACUGUUGUGGUUAAACAUUUAGCAAUGAAUGACCAUGGUGGAGCCAAGUUGAUAGGAAUACGAACGAUUAUUAGGCUGAAGGAAAUCCUCCAAAAGUGGCAAUCUGUUACUAUUAGUCCCGAAUCAAGCAACUCUCAUUCUAGUCCAAAUGGUGGGGAAAUUACACCGGUAAUUAACAAAAUGUUGACAAAUGUUAAGUGUUGUGAUUCAGAUGAGGAUAGCUGCCAUAGCCCUGAACCACCACCUGAUGUUCCUAAAGGCUAUUUGGCGGUUUACGUUGGGCUGGAGCUUCGGAGGUUUAUAAUUCCCACCAGCUAUCUUAGCCACUCUGUGUUUAAGCUUCUCUUGGAGAAGGCUGAAGAAGAGUUUGGAUUUGAUCAUUGUGGCGGGCUCACAAUUCCUUGUGAGAUCGAGACCUUCAAGUAUCUUCUCAAGUGCAUAGAGACUCAUCAGAAGGAUUACCAUGAUGACAGCUCAGAUUCACAAACCAUUGAAGAAUAGGCAGAUUAUGCUGGCCUUUCUAAUGGACAAGAUAUAGGGCUGAUUUUUUUUUUUCCCUGGUGUAAAGCAGUCUCCUUAUAUUCAGAUAUUCCCCUUAAGUUUUCAUUUCUUCUCUGUGUAAGUGAAGCAAUAGGAAACUUGUAGUUAGAAAUAGUGUGCUCUUGGUAGUGGUAAUGUUUAACCUCUGUAUUGGUGCAUGUGACCUGAAUCUAAUGUUUAAUUGAGUAUGAAACAUAUGUGGUUUGCCAGGCUAUCAA